AUGGACAAAGAUUGUGGGUUCGAGCGGUUACUGGGUAUGGUUUGGGUGCCGGAUGAGGACGUGUUUACGUUUCGCUUGAACUUCCGGAGAGACCACGCAAAGUUGCUGACCGGAGAGGAGAUCCCUACGAAGCAACAGGCACUGAGCAUCGUGAUGAGCAUUUACGACCCGACCGGAUUCUUAGCUGCAUUCAUCGUACACGGCAAGAUUAUCCUCCAGGACGUCUGGCGAUCAAGCGUGGACUGGAAGCAAAAAAUUCCAGAUGAACUGUUCCAGCGUUGGAGACAGUGGAUCGCGCUCCUUCCGAAGAUAGAAGAUCUGAAAAUACCCCGUUGCUACUUCCCUGGUUACCACCCUGACAGCCUGCGGUCACUGGAACUUCACGUCUUCGUCGAUGCAAGUGAAUCGGCAUACUCGGCCGUCGCGCACUUCCGACUCGUGGACGGAAAGCGCGUACGCUGUGCUUUCGUGUCGAGCAAAACGAAAGUUGCACCAUUAGAGCCGCUCUCCAUCCCGCGGCUCGAGGCUAACGCAGGUGUACUGGGUGUUCGUUUGCGCAAGUCCAUAAUGACCGGCCAUUCCCUACCCAUCACACGGACUCGUUUUUGGACCGACUCGAAGGCGGUUCUCCAAUGGAUUAGGUCCAUGGACCUUCGGCGCUACCGUCCGUAUGUGGCCUUUCGAGUACACGAAAUACUGUCCAUGUCAGCGGUCGAAGAGUGGGGGUACUGCCCAUCCCGUUUGAAUGUGGCAGAUCUCGCCACAAAGUGGGGUAAGCAAGGCCCACCAUUGGAUAUCGCCAGUCCGUUUUACCAAAGCCAAGAAUUUGUAUACGAUGACCCUUCUGAAUGGCCCGAACCCUGCGACGAGAUGGUGGAACUUGCGCCAGAAGAACUAAGGUCGGCAUUUGUAUUCGCGCACUUCGUUUUGAAGCCAUUGGUCAAAUGGGAGCGAUUCUCAAAGUGGGAGCGGCUUCUCCGUGCCAUGGGGUACGUGCAUCGCUUUAUUGAUCGCAAACUGAACCGAGCGAAAAAGCCGUGGCCAACCGAUUUAACGCGAGAAGAGCUGCAGCAAGCAGAAAGGAGCCUGUGUCGAAUAGCACAAUCUGAUGCAUACCCGGACGAAGUUGCUACUCUGAACCAGAAUCAACGUGUUCCAGCCGAACAACGGCGACCCUUGGAGAAAUCAAGCAACAUCGUGAAGCUCUGCCCGAUGCUGGACGAAGCAGGAGUUCUACGAGUAAAAGGGCGCAUUCAAGCCGCCGAUUUCGUUUCCUACGACGCCAGGCACCCGGUCAUCCUUCCCCGAGAUCAUCCAGUGACAGCGUUGCUUUUGGAUUACUACCAUCGGCGGUUCCAACAUGCAAACAAUGAGACCGUUGUCAACGAAGUGAGGCAAAAAUUCAGCAUCUCGAAACUGCGGGUUCAAGUGCGUCUAACACAGAACAACUGUGAAUGGUGCAAGGUGUACAAUUCAGCUUCAAUCGCUCCGCAAAUGGCCCCACUGCCCCGGGCUAGGCUGUCUCCGUUUUUGCGUCCUUUCACAUUCACCGGAGUGGAUUACUUUGGACCAUAUUUGAUCAAAGUUGGAAGAAGCGUUGCGAAGAGAUGGGUAGCACUUUUUACGUGUUUGACAAUAAGGGCCGUUCAUCUCGAGAUCGUUGCGGGUUUGUCAACUGACUCAUUCAAGAAAGCUAUGCGGAGAUUCAUCGCGCGCAGGGGAGCUCCCCAAGAAAUCUACUCGGACCGCGGCACGAACUUUAUUGGAGCAAGUGGUGAGUUAGCAAAGGAAAUCGUUCUGAACAUCAACCUUGAGCUGAGCAGCACGUUUACGGAUGCUCACACGCAGUGGCGCUUCAAUCCCCCGGCAGCACCGCACAUGGGAGGCUCUUGGGAACGGAUGGUGCGUUCUGUGAAAGUCGCUCUUGGAGCCAUACCAACACAACGAAAGCUAGACGAAGAAUCGUUGGUAACCAUGCUGACAGAGGCGGAGUACAUGGUAAAUUCCCGCACUCUCACGUUCAUCCCUCUAGAGAAUGCUGAUCAAGAAUCCCUUACCCCAAAUCAUUUUCUGCUGAUGAGCUCGAGCGGCGUGCAACAGCCGGUGAAGGAUCCCGUAAGCGAAGGCGCUGCUUUGAAGAACAGCUGGAACCUGAUUCAGCACGCGUUGGACGAGUUUUGGCGUCGAUGGAUUAAGGAGUACAUGCCGACACUUUCGAGACGGGAGAAAUGGUUUGGUGAAACGCGGCCGAUUAAAGAAGGAGAUCUGGUUUUUGUAGUUGACGAGGGAACGAGAAAUCGCUGGCAGCGAGGACGAGUAGUGCGGACGCAUCCGGGCAAGGACGGGCAGGUUAGACGCGUAGAUGUGCGAACAGUCAACGGAGUUCUACCGAAUCGUGCAGUCGUCCGAUUGGCUCUAUUAGACGUAGCUGUUGAUGGUGACGCCGAAGAAACACUUCAGGCGACACGUGGGGGAGAAUGUUAA